CUGUUCAGGGUGUUCAGAUUUUCAGAUUCCUUAGCACUCAUGAGAACUGAUAACUCCGGAAACAAGGGGAUCACUUUGAUUGACUCCGAUUUCUAAUCGCCGGCAGCGGCGGCAUCGCGCAGCGGUCCGUCUGUCCAGUGUCCUGUAGUCCAGUCCGCGCUCCGCACUCCGUACUUCGUUGCUGAAAUUUCGCUACAUUCUACAUUUCGUUCGCGUUCGCAUCCUGCGGGCCCUGUGGCUUCGCGGCACGCGUGGGCACGCGCGAGCACCAGCCUCUAGGCUCUAGGAGAGAGUCCUAAGACGGGUAAGACCUAGCACCUAGCCGACCUAAAAGUGAGCGUCGACGCGCAUUGAUGGAUUGAUGUGAGAUUACGUGCUUAUAACGAAAGUGUGCGAUUCGAAAGACGAAAGACAAAAGUCGAGUCGACUCCCGUGGCCCCCGCGGGGUGUUUCUCCCCUCACGGUCACCCUCGUUUUCUCAUUUCGCCUGGAACGGCUGGAACGAUGCAGAAGAUGGGCAAACUGAACUCGUCGAUCGAUAUUAUCCCGCUGCAAGGAUCGAGUGGAGAUUACAGAUCGAGACACGUGGACAAUAAGCACAGGAUGGACCAGAGGCUGUUCCGAGAUCAAUCGUUGAUUGAUCGUGUGCAAACGUACAUGCACGAAAAUGAAAAUAAAGUUUAUAUCGAUGUGAAUGAGAUGGCAGAUGCGUUGCAAAGGCGAUACAGAGAUUAUCGUGGUAAGAAACGCGGGGCGUUCCGUGCGAUGGUACGUAAAGCGUACGACGAGCUUACCGAGAUAUUUUCCAAGAAGCCAUCGACACGCGAGUGUUCUGCAUACGACGACGAUGACGAUGACGACGACGACGACGAUUUUGAGGAUGUCGACGUCGAGUCAGAUUCGCAACGUACUUCGAUAGGUGACAUGUUGUUACAUAUGUAUAAAAAGACGCAAUACAAGCAGAAUGGAAACUCGAGCGAUAAAGAAUUGAUAGACAUUAGUAGCGACGACGAUGGCGCUAAUAAAGUUGAUUCUUCCAAGCCUGAAAAAGACGUAAAGACGUCUGAGCCUGGGUGUACGGUAGCUGUAGAAUCUCCGCCCGUGUCAGUUGCUUCAACGGUUGCCACUUCAAAACCGGAAACAGUAGUAAUCGCUAAGCCAGAACAGCCGAUUAACAACGCGAAACAAGAGACUGCCGUAGCGAAGCCAGAAAUGUCUAUCUCAAAACCAGUAAAACUAGAAAAACCAGAAAUAUCAGAAACCGUGAAAUCAAAAAUACCUGCAAACGAAGCCACGAAGCAGCCACUAAUGGUGGAAGCUACGAGAAAACGACAAAGAGACAAGGAUAAUAGCAAUGGACAAUUUUCAGUUGCAAAGAGGGCGAAGACCUUACCUAUCACAAAGUCUCAAGUUACACUUCUUGAUAUAGGAGUUAGUAGCAAAGUUUUGAAAACUGUCUGCAAAUUACUAUUCCAUAUGAUACAUCCUAAAUUAUACAAACAUUUUGGUGCACCUCCACCAAGGGGAUUUUUACUUCAUGGACCACCCGGCUGUGGGAAAACGUUACUGGCACACGCAGUUGCGGGACAAUUAGAUAUGCCUCUACUAAAAGUAGCAGGACCCGAGCUUGUGACUGGAAUAUCUGGUGAAAGCGAAGCUCGUAUCAGAGAAUUAUUCGAGCAAGCCUUAGCUCUUGCGCCAUGCGUCGUUUUCGUGGACGAGAUAGAUGCUGUCAUGCCAAAUAGAGCUACGGCUCAAAGAGAAAUGGAAAGAAGAAUUGUGGCACAAUUAUUAUCAAGUUUAGAUGAAUUGAAUUUUAACGAAAAUGGAGAUAAAGUACUGGUGAUCGGAGCGACAAAUCGACCUGAGUCAUUAGAUCCUGCUUUAAGAAGAGCAGGACGUUUCGAUCGUGAAGUGUGCCUUGGAAUACCAGAUAGAGAAGCAAGAGUUAAAAUCUUAGCGGUGCAUACUAAAAAAGUCGUAUUGGCUCCUGAUGUUAGUUUGUCGACAAUAGCUUCCCUUACGCCAGGUUUUGUAGGUGCGGAUUUAGUUGCUUUAAUUAGGGAAGCUGCCAUGGUCGCUGUAGAUAGAGUAUUUGAGGAUCUAAGUAGAUCAAAACAGGAAACAAAGUUAUCCGAAGUGACCGAUGUCGAGAAACAAGCGGAUAAACAAGUUGAAAUUCCCGAAAACUCGGAAAAUUUAAUUGAAACUAGUGUUGCAGCCGAAGUCCCUGCUACGAUUGAAAACGAUCUCACGGUUCCAAAAGAAUUACCUAAAGGUCCAACCCCAGAAGUGGCUGAAAUGGAUGUAAUACAGGAGCCUUCGACAGACUUGUCAGCCUUGUUGGCUUGGUUGCGUACCGAACCUCUACUUUCCUCAGAACGUCUAUCGACCUUGUGUAUUGAGCACAGUGAUUUUGUGACUGCUGUAGGCAUUGUUCAACCUUCGGCGAAAAGAGAAGGAUUUGCGACAGUUCCCGAUGUAACGUGGGACGAUGUCGGCUCAUUGCAAGACAUACGGCAAGAAUUGCAAACAGAAAUUCUCGCUCUUGUCAAGUAUUCUGAAUAUUGUGAUAUAUUAGGUAUAACAGCUGCCAGUGGGGUAUUGCUAUGUGGUCCGCCUGGAUGCGGAAAAACAUUACUGGCCAAAGCCGUCGCCAAUGAAGCUGGAAUCAAUUUCAUUUCUGUUAAAGGACCAGAACUUUUAAACAUGUAUGUUGGCGAAAGUGAGAAAGCAGUUCGUCAAUGUUUCUCAAGGGCGAGAAAUUCAACGCCAUGCGUCAUAUUUUUCGACGAAAUAGAUGCGUUGUGUCCUAAGAGAACAGAAGGCGAGAAUUCCGCGACAGCGCGCGUCGUUAAUCAAAUGCUUACAGAAAUGGACGGUGUGGAGGGCCGGCAAGGAGUAUUCCUUAUGGCAGCCAGUAAUCGACCUGACAUUAUAGAUCCAGCUGUUUUGAGGCCAGGAAGACUGGAUAAAAUUUUAUACGUUGGUCUUCCGAAUGCUUCAGACAGAGUGGACAUUUUACGUGCAGUAACAAAGAAUGCAACGAGACCGAAACUUGCUUCAGACGUCGACUUGAAUCAAGUCGCAUAUGACAAUAGGUGUGAAGGUUAUACUGGUGCAGAUUUAGCAGCCUUGAUAAGAGAGGCUGGUAUGGAAGCAUUGAAGGAAAUAAUAGCUGGUUUUGGAAAGCCAGAAAUUUCGAUGCGACACAUUUUUCAGGCAUUCGAUAAAGUGCACCCGUCCGUUCGCGAGAAGGAUAUUAAACAUUACGAAAAGUUAAGCAAGUUGUACUCGAUUAGAAAGAAUCCUGAUCCUGAAGUUACACCAAUGGAUACGCCACUAGAUGCACCAAUUGUUGAUGUAGUCAUGGAACCGAUGGAAACUUAAAAAGUAUAAUUAUUAAAAGCCUAUAAGAAUUGCCGAAGAAUUCUUCCAAAACAAAAAUUUAUAUAAAAACUUUCACACAGAAAAGACGAAACUCUCCCGUAAUGGUGCAAUUUAAUUUCCGCGCAUUUAUGUCUCAUAAAAAAAGUUUUUAACGUUGACUGGAUUAAUGAUUAACUGAUGAUUUAUUAUUGUUUCAAGAUAUACAUUUAAUACAGUCGGUUAAAAUACCUUGUUAUUCUCUCUGUAGAUAAAUAAAAAAAUUUAUAUAUAUAUUUAUAUAUA